GUCUUUCGCUCUGCACAACAAAGGGCAAACCGCCUUUGUGCAACACAGGCUUCAGGGUGAAACUUUUCCACGGGCGUCCUCCGGUUUGCUUGUUGUCCCGAAAAGCUGAAAGACUCGCGCGGCUCACCCAGGGACACCAAAUUGUCGUGGAAAUUAGACAACAUUCACGGACUCGUCCUCUGAAGCUAAACCUUCUGUCCUGAUCUCAGUGACAUCACAUGGCCUUCUUAGGUGUUAUCCUCACAUGAGAAUGAAACAGACCAAGAACAAACUAAUUACAAAGUAAACAUGACUAAUUUCCCUCACAGUUUUCUGUUCAAUAAACAUUGACAAUCUUCGCUCUCUUGAAUGUUGUACCAUUAUGAUUGAAGUUAACUAAUAAUAUUGUAACUGACAGUGUUAAAACAUUGAACUUACACUGGCCAGAUUUUUGAUUUAGUAACUAUAUCGACUUUUCAUAGACUAACAACGCUAAUUUCCACAAGAGCAUCGUGAACAGAAGUGUCACUUACACCUAGUGGUGGCAGUGAAGUGUAGCAGAUGAUUCUCCUUGUAAAUAAAUGAAAAGUUCAAUCAUGAGAGACCAGUGAAUGAAGUAAAGAGAACUGUUUAUUGAACAAAUGAUAUGAUUUGUCUUGAAAAAGUCUUCGGCAGUUCGACUCUACAAGUGUGCUCACACCGAGGAGAUUUGCGCCUAUAAUUCAAUGUCUAAUAUUUUAUAAAUGGAAGCAGCACAAACCAAACUUUUAGUGGCACAAACGAAGCACAAAUGAUUGAGACUAUUUGGGGUGAAUUUGGAGUGAGUGGGGGCAGAACCGAAGCAGCACAAACGAUUGAGACUGUUUUGCUGACAUUUUGCGUUGGGUGGAGGGCCAACUUCACGCAGGUCUCUGGGAGCCCUACUGACUCCGCUUUAGUUGCCCAGACAACACGUUGCUGUGCUCUGUGUGCACUCGGGUAAUCACACGCUCCGUAUCCACAACAGAAAAUGGAGAGAAAUCACUUGAGAUUAAACUGUGCAAGCUGUGAGUGGCAGAGAGCAAUCAUGUGAGACUAUGAAUGCCCUGUAACUUCCCUGAUUAGCCUCUUUUGCAGUGUAGAGCUGAACAAAGCCCUCAUCCCUGCACUGAAACCUGACAGAUUUACUCCUGAGACAAGAGCUGAAAGAUGGAUGGUGCUGUACCAAGUCAUUUUUCAGCCAUGUUUCCAAACUUGGAGGCUAGUGGAAGUGGCAAAGCCCAGGAAGUAAGCCCAGGAUCAGUGGGGCUUCGCUGCUUGGACACGGAGCUCCAGAAGAUGCUCAUUGAUGAACGGAUGCGCUGUGAGAACCACAAAACCAACUACCAGACACUCAAAGCUGAGCACUCAAGACUGCAGGGUGAGUAUACACGGGCCCAGGGUGAGCUCAAAAGGAUGCUGAGUGAGAAGCAGGCUGGUCAGGAGAAGCUGCAGCUGUUACUGGCAGAGCUGAGAAGAGAGGUGUUGGAUAAGACCCGGGAGCUUGAGGAGCUCAGAUUACAGGUGAUGACCCCUCAGCGGUUGGAGUUAUUAAGAGCCCAGGUGCAGCAGGAGAUGGAAAUUCCUAUCAAGGAGCACUUUAGUAAGCUAGAAGAGGAGGCUGAGAAAUACAGAUCUGAAUACAAUAAGUUGCGCUAUGACUUCACCUUUCUCAAAUCAGAGUUUGAUCACCAGCGAGAGGAACACGAACACAUUUUGGAGGAGCAGCGAAUACGUUACAGUGCAGAUCUGGCUCUUCUGGAGAGGGAUAAGGAGAAGCUGAGUGCGCAGCUGCAGAGUGGAGAUUGCGCGAGUGACGGGAAGCGUGUGGAAGCGCUGUUGAGAGAAAAGGCGCAGCUGCAUCAGCGGCUGUGCAACCUCGAGGCCGAGGUGGCUGAACUCCGUGCAGAGAGGGACAACACAGGAGCACAGGCAGAAAACACGCAACGCAUCCAGCUCCGCCAGCUGGCCGAGUCCCAGGCUGCACUCAAGACCCUGGAGUCGGAGAAGCAGUCUGUGUGCAUGCAGUUAGAUCGAGUGGAGAAGGACCUGCGCUUGAGCCAUGAGCAGAACGCUGUCCUCACUGGCAAACUGCACAAGGCUGAGAGGGAAAUAAACGCCCUGAACAGUCAGGUUGAAGAAAUUAAACAUGCCCAUAGGUUGGAACUGGCUAAUGUGAAGAUGGAGUAUCUGAAAGCCAGAGGAGAAGUGGAAAGGGAACGAGACAAACUGCAAACCCAAGUGGAGAGUCUACAGUCUGAUCUGGAAGUUUUGACCGCAACGGGCGAGAGGAAUAAAGAGUUGUUGUUGGAAAAAGAGCAGGAAAUGGUGCUUAGAAUACAGGGAGCUAGAGAAGAAGAGAUGCAAAAAAUUGUUGUUCUUCAGGAAGAGAAGUUUGAACUGGAGAAUCGUCUCUCUGAGCUGGAGCAGCUGAGGGCUCUACAGGAAGAAACGGGAACCACCAAGAACCAGGAAUUUGAGGAUCGUCUCCGUGGUGCUUGGCGUGCGGAGGAGUCUGCACGCAAGGAGCUGCAGAAUAUCAAAGUUAAACUGCAGCAGCAGGCACAGCAGUUAGAGGAGCUGGAGAGACAAAAGACCGAGAACACGGAGUUGAGAAGACACAAUGCCGAGCUAAAUGUGCAAAUCAGCACUCUGUCGUAUUCGGAGCGUGAGCUGAUGGACGCCAAUGGCAGGCUGAGGGAGAGUCUGGAAAGAGUGAGAGAAGAGUUACGAAGUGCUCGGACACAAAUGGAGAGGACACAGCAGGAAGCCGAAAGCUGUCCUCUUACCUGUUACAGGCUGGAAGAGGAGAGGCGUGUGGAAUGGUUUGAGGAGAAACAUAAACUUCAGGAAAGAGAGGCAGAGCUGCAGGAGAAAUACAGCCAAGCCAAACAACGCAUGGAAAAAGCUUCACUUGCACAAAAAAAGAGAAAGACCUUGAACAAGGCAAAGGAGAAGAAACAGCAGGAUAAAUUACAGCUGAUGGAGGCCAAGAUAGAAGAACUGGAAAUUGAGAGUUCUGUGGCCAAGAAAAAUCCCUCAUUUGCGGAGGAGCAUGCUCAACUUAGCAGACGUCUAGCAGAGCUGCAGAGGAGACACAAAGAGUUUCGCCAGCUGCUGUUGGGAAACCACAUGCCCUCUAUGUCUCUACCUCACUCUCUGCUCGUUGCAGGACCUGAAUGCAGCUUCAUAAACGUGCAGCAUCUGCAGCAGUUAUCAGGGUUGCAGAGGAGACUGGAGGAGCUGGAGAAUAAUCAGCAGCAACAGCUUCAAGAACUGACUCCUCCUCUGGAUCGGGACCGAGAACAAGACAGACGUUUAGCACCUCCGGACAGCCUGCCUAACCUCUGACCCUUCACCCUUUGCCCUUUUGGGACUAGAGUCGAUCAUAUUGUGCCAAGUUGCUGUUUUGUAAUUUUUUUUAAUUCCUGUGUUUUUUCAAAAAGUAAAUUGUUGUUGUUUUU